CCCCUGCAGAUUGCUCAGCACCACCCGAGGUGCACCAGGAGGGACGUGCAGGGUGCACAGAGCCUGGGGGUGCUCCCUGCCAGCCCUCAUCCCCACCCAGCCGCCCCGCUGGCACCCGCUGCUGAUUCCUUGUGUUUUCAGCCCAAUUUUUCUCCGUCCCACACUGGUUCCUGCCCAGAGGCAGCUGCUGAGCGAGGGCUCUCCCGCUCCUGCCCAAGUGAAGAUGGCUGAAGACGAGGACAGUCUGGAGACAGAGAUUGUCUACCCCAUCACCUGCGGGGACAGCAAAGCCAACCUCAUCUGGAGGAAGUUCGUGUGCCCGGGGAUCAAUGUGAAGUGCGUGCAGUUCGACGAUCACCUCAUCAGUCCCAAGGAGUUUGUCCAUUUGGCGGGCAAGUCGACGCUGAAGGAUUGGAAGCGGGCGAUCCGGAUGAAUGGGAUCAUGCUCCGGAAGAUCAUGGACUCUGGAGAGCUGGAUUUCUACCAGCACACGAAGGUCUGUUCCAACACCUGCCGGAGCACCAAGAUCGACCUGACCGGAGCCAGGGUGUCCUUGACCAGCCAGACAUCGACUGAGUACAUCCCCCUGACUCCCGCGUCUGCGGAUGUGAACGGAUCCCCGGCGACGAUUACCAUAGAAACGUGCGAGGAUGCCAGCGACUGGAGCAGCAGCAUCGGAGAUGACACCUUUGCUUUCUGGCGGGGCCUGAAGGACGUGGGUCUGCUGGAGGAAGUCAUCCACGUGUUCCAGCAGGAGCUGGUGCAGACCAUGAAGGGGCUGCAGCAGCGGGCGCAGGACCCCCCCCUGCAGCUGGGAGAUGCUGUUUUACUCAACAACGUAGUCCAGAACUUUGGGAUGCUGGAUCUGGUCAAGAAGGUCCUGGCCAGCCACAAGUGCCAGAUGGAUCGCUCGAGGGAGCAGUACACGCGGGAUUUGGCAGCGCUGGAGCAGCAGUGUGACGAGCACCGCAAGCGAGCCAAGGAGCUGAAGCACAAAUCGCAGCAUCUCAACAACGUCCUGAUGACCCUCACGCCCGUCUCUGUCCCCACGCCUUUAAAACGUCCCAGGCUGACCAGAGCCACCUCCGGACCAGCUGCCAUCACUUCCCAGGUGCUGUCCCAGCCGGCGCAGCUCGCCGUCACCCCCGGCGUCCCCGUCUCCCAACUUUCCAACCUCCCUCUCGGCAAAGUGGUCUCAACCCUCCCACCCUCGGUGCUGGGGAAGAGCCCGUCCCAGCCCCCCGCCACCAGCUCCCCGGCCUCCCCACUGCUGGGGGGGUACACGGUGCUGGCCUCCGCCGGCUCCACCUUCCCUGGGACGGUGGAGAUCCACCCGGACGCUUCCAACCUGACGGUGCUGAGCACGGCGGCGGGGCAGGACGGCAGCACGGUGGGGAAGGGGGUGAGCCCCCUCCAGCUGCUCACCCUGCCAGGGGACGAGCACGGUGCCACCGCCACUAUCGAGGUGACCGCAAUGGGCGACGAGGCGGAGCAGAAGUGA